GUACCGGGAAGUGCCUUUCCUGACGUCGCUGCUGGCUUGGGACCGCUGCUAGAGCAGCCGCUGCUUUUGCCUUGCUUGCUGCGAGCUAGACUGCGACGACAGCGCGGCCGCCCUCCACCUCCCGCCCCGGCGCCCAGGGGAGCAGCUCUGCCGGGUGCUGCUGCAGGCCGCUUUGUAGACCAGUAAAAGUUUGCUGGGAAAGUAAGAUAUCUUCUGCCAGAAAACCCAGGAGAGGAAAAAAAAAAAAAAAAAAAAAUCUCUCGAUUGUUGCUCUAAACUGCUGCAUCUGUCUAUGCCAAACUAAUCAAUACCGAUUGCACCACAAACCCGAGCGCAGGUUCGGCUGCGUGGAGAUUACCUUUCCGACAACCUUUCUGCAAGCAGCUGGGAGCUCUGUGCCCGAGGCUCUGCCACGUUUCCCCGCUUGCGUUUGGGCUCCCGGCGGCACCGAGAAUGGGCUGCUGAGAGCACACGGCUGCUCCGGGCCACACUCCUUAACGUUCGUCUUGCUCACGGGCCUCGCGCUGCUCCAGGUGCAGAGCCUCUCUCCAUUAACAGUUUCAUGCUGUGAACUCCUAGUGGCAAAUCUUUCCCUUGAUAUUGUGACCACACGAUUUUACGUGUACUUUUAAAAUAGGGAGCGGGGGAAAAAAAAAAAAAAAAGGCAUUCUGGAGGUGCCAUUUUCAUCAUUUCCAGUCUCUCAGUUCAGCUCUUUGUCUGUUCUUUUUGCUGACGAUUUUAACUACCUGUAAAACCUAAACAUGGCUGUUAGUGUCACGCCGAUCCGGGACACAAAAUGGCUCACCCUGGAGGUGUGCAGGGAGUUCCAAAGAGGGACUUGCUCCCGGCCAGACACGGAAUGUAAAUUUGCACAUCCAUCGAAAAGCUGCCAAGUGGAGAACGGACGCGUAAUCGCCUGCUUUGAUUCAUUGAAAGGCCGGUGUUCACGGGAAAACUGCAAAUACCUUCACCCGCCGCCGCACUUAAAAACGCAGCUGGAGAUCAAUGGGCGCAAUAACCUGAUCCAGCAGAAGAACAUGGCCAUGCUGGCCCAGCAGAUGCAGCUCGCCAACGCCAUGAUGCCCGGCGCGCCGCUGCAGCCCGUGCCAAUGUUUUCAGUUGCACCAAGCUUAGCCACCAAUGCAUCAGCUGCCUUUAAUCCCUACCUGGGGCCUGUCUCCCCAGGCUUGGUCCCAGCAGAGAUCCUGCCCACGGCGCCCAUGCUGGUUGCAGGGAACCCCGGCGUCCCGGUUCCUGCUGCCGCCGCCGCCGCUGCCCAAAAGCUAAUGCGGACAGACAGACUGGAGGUGUGCCGGGAGUACCAGCGCGGCAACUGCAACCGGGGCGAGAACGACUGCCGCUUCGCCCACCCCGCCGACAGCGCCAUGAUCGACACCAACGACAACACCGUCACCGUCUGCAUGGAUUACAUCAAGGGCAGGUGCUCCCGGGAAAAGUGCAAAUACUUCCACCCGCCCGCGCACCUGCAAGCCAAGAUCAAGGCUGCCCAGUACCAGGUUAACCAGGCCGCCGCUGCGCAGGCAGCAGCCACUGCAGCCGCCAUGACUCAGUCGGCUGUCAAAUCACUGAAGCGACCCCUCGAGGCAACCUUUGACCUGGGAAUCCCUCAAGCCGUGCUCCCCCCGCUACCAAAGAGGCCUGCGCUCGAAAAAACCAACGGUGCCACGGCGGUCUUCAACACGGGCAUCUUCCAGUACCAGCAAGCGCUCGCCAACAUGCAGCUGCAGCAGCACACGGCCUUCCUGCCGCCAGUUCCCAUGGUGCACGGUGCUACGCCAGCCACUGUGUCUGCAGCAACAACAUCUGCCACAAGUGUUCCCUUCGCUGCAACAGCCACAGCCAACCAGAUACCCAUAAUAUCUGCCGAACAUCUGACUAGCCACAAGUAUGUUACACAGAUGUAGACAUUUUGUCAUCAAACAAUCAUAACUAAAGAGCAAAGGACAGUGUGUUGGGGUUGUGGAAAGGAGAAGCUCAUUAGCCAUAUUGUAUAUACCGUCAAGCAACACUCGGGAGCUCCCUCAGCGCGAGACAUCCACACAUUGCAUGUUAACAAGAGGAAACGAGAACUCGGAAAUCACUGCACACUGUUGCCUAUAUACUUUGUACAUUGAAUUGAUAUUUGUGCUGAGGUGAUCUUAUUGUCUAAGAGCUACAGCAUUGUCUAUCUUUUCUAGCACAGAAAGUAUGCAUAUGUAUUGGGAUAUGCAUAUGUAGUCUCUUCCCUACAUAAUCAUGUAUGUCACCUUGAAAAGACAGACUAUGAUGUAACCAUAAAUCUAUUAUGUAUUGGUACGUCUGUAGACCAAGAUAUAAUUUUUUAAAGUAAGUUUAUUUCUUUCAAGGUUUACAAAUAACAAAGGUGCACCUUGUAUUUAAAAUUGCCAUUAUAGAUGAGAGCGUGCAUGCACAGUAAUUUUUGUUUAAGAGUAAUAUUUUUAAUGUAAUAGAUUGUAAGAAAUGGUAAGAGAGGUAUCUGACAGAGAUGAAUGUGCCAAGCAAAACCACAACUGUGUAUAUUUUAAAGCACGUCAAUGGCUUUAAGUACCACGUUGUUAAGGAUUCUCAUGAAGUGCCAUAGACUGUACAUCAGGUUAGAGUAUUAUUUCUGCAGUGUUAUUUUCAAAGCCACAUUCUCACUUACUUUACUAAUCAGUCAAAGGGCACCAUUCUGUUUCAAAACCAAAGCUGUCUCAGAAAUGGCCAAUUAUUCCUUACAGUAACAGUAGACAGCACAAGAAAGAUACUCUAUCCGUACAAAUUAACACAUACUGGACAUAUAUAUAAACUAUUUUAAGGCAUUGUAGUGUAAUAUUUAUGCAUAUUUUACUGUAUAACAUGCUAUACGAAAGGGAGAGGCCAUUUCUGAGACACAGGAACAAACGUCUGAGGAACUUAUUUUGCUUCUAUUUAUAGCCUCUGUCAAAAGUCGAAAGGACUAUAAAUGCUUUGCGGAGAUGGGUUUCACUUUGACUUCAUCACAGUCACGCUUUAAACGGUGACUCUAAACAAAGACAAAAGAAGCACUGACAUCAGAUGCAUGACAAACCAAAAUAUGAAAAAAUGGAGAUGUUAAUUAGCAUAGAAAGUGGGUGGGCUAAAUACUUGGGUGAGUUUUAUAUGUGAUUUUUUUUGUUCAGAUUAACUGCUUAUAGCCUUAGAAAGCCUUUACAAAAUAAAAACAAAAAAAAAAAUAGAUGUGCAUUCAAGUUUUAAGAAUGGAUUCAUCCAAAGGAAUUCCUUUUUGUGGUUUGGAUGUUGCAGCUAGUAAAGGAUAUUUUUUGCUCUGUUCAGCAAAGUGCUGACGUGGGGGCCAGGUCACUGGUGCGCAGCGGGAGCGGGGGAAGCGCGGGUUCGGUUCUAGAACCCGCCAUACUCCCAAGUUUACUGCGAGUUUUUAUGCUUGAGAGAGAUGCUUUAUAGUAUGAGAAUGAUGUGUUGAUUUUACUGAUUGUACUGUACAUCUAUUAAAGCCUUAGAUUAUUACAUUACGGGUUAAAACCCAUACCAAUGUAAUUUCAAUCGUGUUAAGAAAGUAUAGGUGACUUCACAUGUUAUUGUAGUUACUUAACAUUAGAGAAUAUUACUUAUUUUUUUUCUUGUUAAAAAUGUAGUUUUUAUUUCUUACAUUUAUUAGAUUGUUUUAAUUUUCUAUUACCAGUUGAAUACCAUUUCAGUUUAUAGAAUUUUGUUUUAAUAGAGUUUACUGAUGACUUUUUCAAAAUACAAAAAAGGUAGUUUUCUUCAUAACAUACUCAGUUUUGAAUUUACAUGUAGUGUCAUAUGAAUAUUCGUAUUAUUGUUAACUAAAUGAUUUAUAUUUUACUGAUUUAAUAUUACAAUGUAAGAAUGUCAGUCAUUGUUAGUUCUUGUCUAGUUUUCAUUAAAAGAACAAAGAUCUUUUAUAUGGAUAUCUUAUAAUUAUAUAAUCAUUGCUAAGUAAGAAGUUAAGUUGUUGCUAUCGCAACAAUCCUGGCAGACAAUUGAGUAAUAUUUUGAUGAUUUAUUUUGUUUGUAAUUAGUUAUUAUGAGAAAAUCUAGUUCCUAGAUAUUAGAAUAAAAUUUAUUUUCUACUGUAUCCAUUUCAAAUGUUAAAAUAUUGUUUAAAUAUUUUUUGAAAUCCCUGAAUAUCAGGCCUUGUUAUAAAUAAGCUGCAUAAUCAAUAGAUCAAGGGACUUUUUGUUGAUAAUCCAAAUACUCAAAGUUUACGUAACAAGAAUUAUAGUGUGUGUGUGCAAACUCUUGAGGGUUGAUUAUGCUGCAGUUUAGCAUGUGGGAACGUAUAGAGAGAAGGUUGACUUUUUGCACUUCUGUAUAUAGUCAAAAAAGAGAGAAACCUGUAUAAUAGUAAGAUCUUAUUUUGAAUAAAAAUGUCUAUAAUUACAAGGAGUUUUGUUAAGGCUAAUAAAAUGACAGGCUGAACAAAAUUGCUUGCAAAAGUGGCACAGAGUUAGCACUCCAUACCCCUUCAAAAAAGUUGCUUUGCUUUAUGUGGACAGCUUGUAGUUUGCCAGGAUUUUUUCAGCUGGAAAGAUAUGCCAUCCUUCCAAGAUCUCAUGACUGACAAAAGCUCCACUGGUUCAAAUCUGCCUGAAAAUCAUUAACUAAAAAAAAAAAAAAAAAAGAAAAAAAAACAGGUACUUCAAACCAUCAAGGUGAAAUCAUGGAUCAAAUAUUCCGUACAUUAUUCAAAAACUACUGCAUGUUUAAAGUAUCAAAAAACUAUAUUAAAGAUAUAUACUAUUCAAACCAGUUUCUGACAAUUUCAGUGGUUUAUUGUUCACAAAAAAAAAAAAAAAAAAGAUUCUUCAAAAGGAAUACUGACUUUCACGAAAGAGUCAAAUCAUGAACAGGCAAACCAAACAGCACACCGUAGCUGUAGUUGUUAUGUGGUUAUUUUUUAUUGCUGUAGUGGUCCUGUUCUUUUAGCAGGUGAAAAGAAAAACCCUCUGG